AUGGGCAAACCCAAGAUGGACGAAGCCGCCGCCGAGCGAAUUCGCAGGGCACGCGGUGACAAGGACGGAUUUAGCAAACGUGCCGCAGACGCCGCCCGGCGGAACGACCAGGGCGGUAGCUUGUUGUCAUCCAAAAGCAGCAGUGACCCGAGCAAGAGCGGUGGUGGUCACAAGAACAGCAGCGGCAGCAAGAAGUGA